UGUAGCCAAUCGUUGGGCUCAGAAGCGAGCGGCUCGGAGCUCAGCCGCCCAGAAACGAGCUGAGCCUGGUAGGACGGAGAGGUGCACUGGUAGGCUGGAUUGGACAUGGCGGCUACUACCAUCGCCACCCAGAGGGGCCCGGUGUUCAUUGGAGAAUUACCACAGGACUUCCUUCGCAUUGUACCAACUCAGCAACAGCAGCAAGUGCAACUUGAUGCACAGGCAGCUCAACAAUUACAGUUUGGAAGUGGCGUGGCUACUAUGGGUAGACUGAGCAUCACUGUGGUACAGGCAAAACUGGCAAAAAACUAUGGAAUGACACGAAUGGACCCAUACUGCAGAAUACGUCUUGGAUAUGCAGUAUAUGAGACACCUACAGCACACAAUGGGGCAAAAAAUCCAAGAUGGAACAAAGUUAUUCAGUGCACUGUGCCACCUGGUGUCGAUUCAUUUUACAUGGAGAUAUUUGAUGAGCGAGCUUUUUCCAUGGAUGAUAGAAUUGCUUGGACUCACAUAACUAUCCCAGAAUUACUAAAAGAAGGCAAAGUAGUGGAUGAAUGGUACAGCCUUAGUGGGAGGCAGGGUGAUGAUAAAGAAGGAAUGAUCAACCUUGUUAUGUCCUAUGCAACGCUGCCGCCAAACAUGUUGGUGCAGCCACAGCCAGUAGUGCUAAUGCCCACUGUUUACCAACAGGGACUAGGAUAUGUGCCUAUUACAGGAGUGCCAACUGUCUAUGCACAAGGAAUGAUUCCAGUUGCAGCACCAACACAGGUAUCUGCUCCACAAAAUCUGUACAGCGAGGAAGAUCUCAAAUCCAUCCAGGAUAUGUUCCCUAACAUGGACAGAGAAGUGAUCCGCUCAGUGCUGGAAGCACAGAGGGGCAACAAGGAUGCAGCAAUUAAUUCUUUGCUCCAGAUCAACGAAGAAUCCUAGGAAUUUGUGCAGUCAAUGUCAGUAUUGCCAAGACCCCAUAUAACCGAUGUAUCUCUGCAUCAAAGACUGAGCUUUCUCUCUGCCGAUCUUUCUCAUUUACGAAUGCACGUGUCCAGUAAACAGCACAUUGUACAAAGUUUGUAACUGUAUUAAACAUAAAGAGCAUUCCAUAAUCCAAGUGCAUAUGCUUAAGUUCAGAAAGGCUGAUAAGUUCAUAUCUUGCGGUUAUCAUAUACCAAGAGUUGCCCUACUGAGCUUGGUUAAACUUGAUGCUUAUGUCUUUGAAGUACGUCUGUUGUGCAUUUGACAGCAUUUAAUGCUGAUUGUCCACCUGUCAAGUGCUUUGAGAAUUGUCUUAUUUCUUAGAGUUUAUUAAAAAUGUAUAUUAAUUGGAA